CUGUCAGCGCAAGCGAGGUUUCGAGGCUUCGCUCCGUGCCCGGUGCAGGCAGUGGCUUCCCCGUUAUUUUGGUGAGCGCACGUUCCAGCUGUUCUGCACAUUACUGGCUGAAGAUGAGACUGUGGGAAGGCUUGUGCCAGCUGGUUCUGGCUGCGGCUGCCCUGGGUCAGCGCGCUGGCCCGGUGGCCGACCACGCCUAUGCAGGGUGGGCCGUGUUGGAGGUGAUGUCAUCCGACCUACAGAACUUUGAACGCCCCAGCCACAUAAACUUCCUCAGCUUCGACAGAGAAAAAGGAGCAACUGUAUUGGCCGUGUCCCAAGAUGAGCUGCCUCACUUUCAACAGAAACUAGCGGAUGAGGACGUGGCUUUCGAGGUCCAGAGUCGAGAUCUCUCUCAAUUGCUGUUGACCCCUCUUCCUUAUGGCCAAAUAGUGGAACUCCCGAAGGGCGUCGUUACUUUUGAUCGCUACAUGAACUACAAAGAAAUAAUGUCAUACAUAGAAGAAUUACCCAGCAAGUACCCAGAUAAGGUUAAUUUAGAGGAGCUUGGUCGUAGCAACGAGGACAGACCCAUAUACCUUAUCACAAUUAAUAGGAACAAUAACUCUCGCAAAACUGAGAAGCCUGUCAUAUUCAUUGAAUCAGGGGCGCACGCGAGGGAGUGGGUGUCCCCGGCCUCGGCGCUGUACCUGGUGGAGCGCCUGCUGGAGAGCCCGUCCCUCCUGCGCAAUGCCGAGUGGCGCGUCGUCCCGCUGCUCAACCCCGACGGCUACGUCUACUCCUGGAACCAUGACCGUCUGUGGAGGAAAAAAAACCGGGUCCCCCUCGUCUGGACCCUCAGUAGGUUUGGCAGUAGCACUAAAAGCCCCUGCUCUGCCCAUAUACCAGGGGUCCCUCAUCCAUUCAGUGAAACCCCGAGGACCACAAGCGCUUAG